AUGUGGCAAGACAAAAAGACAGAAGUCAGGGAGACCGAUGAACAGAGACAAAAAAGUUGGGUGAUGUCAGAGAGUUGAAUAUGGAGCAGCAGAUUUAAGGAAGGAGCAUGAAAGACUACCUUUAGCGUGGACUGUAACAGUGAGGAACCUUUUCAACCCUGGACUAGUUGUACCCUCACAGGCCCCAUCAGAGAGACACUCCAACUCAAACAGAAACAGAGACUGUGCGCAGGCAGCGUUUAAGAAGAUGAACAGAUUUACUUCUAUCAAAAAAGAUGAGGAAACAGCUUCAACUGGACAAACGUUUUCCCAAAAUGGAAAAGAUCCUCGAGGGAAACUACAGGAAGGUGGUGGAAAGAAGGUGGAACUGGGCAAGAAGGUGACCCUACUGCGAGGAAUCUCCAUCAUUGUUGGGACCAUCAUCGGAGCUGGAAUCUUCAUCUCACCCAAGGGAAUCCUGAAACACUCCGGCAGCGUGGGAAUGUCCCUGACUGUGUGGAUCGCCUGUGGUGUCCUGUCACUUUUUGGAGCACUGUGCUAUGCUGAGCUGGGGACUUGCAUUAAGAAGUCUGGAGGACAUUACACAUAUAUAAUGGAAGCAUUUGGACCUCAGAUGGCUUUUAUCAGACUUUGGGCUGAUCUCAUUGCAAUAAGACCUGCAGCGACGGCGGUCAUUUCUCUGGCCUUUGGGCGGUACAUCCUGGAGCCGCUCUUCAUGCCCUGCAGUGUCCCCCCCCUGGCUGUGAAACUGGUCACAGCCAUCGGCAUAACUUCUGUUAUUUAUCUGAACAGUAUGAGCGUCACCUGGACAGCCAGGAUCCAGAUCCUCCUCACCAUCAGCAAAUUAGUGGCCAUCGCCACCAUCAUUGUCCCUGGGAUGUUCCAGCUCUUCAAAGGUGAGACCAAAAACUUUGAGAAUGCCUUUGAUUUGAGCAAGGUGCAGCUGUCUGGAAUGCCCCUGGCUUUCUACUCUGGGAUGUAUGCAUAUGCUGGUUGGUUUUAUCUGAACUUUGUGACAGAGGAGAUUGACAACCCAGAGAAGACUGUUCCAUUGGCCAUUUGUAUUUCCAUGGCACUUGUGACCACCUGCUAUGUGUUGACCAACAUCGCUUACUACACUGUGAUGUCAGCAGAGGAACUCCUGGCCUCAGAAGCUGUUGCUGUGACAUUUGCAGAGAGGCUAUUAGGAAACUUCUCGGUUGUUGUUCCUGUGUUUGUGGCCUUGUCCUGUUUUGGUUCCAUGAAUGGCGGCCACUUUGCUUUGUCAAGAAUGUUCUAUGUAGCUUCACGUGAAGGACAGCUUCCUGAGGUCCUGUCAAUGAUCCAUGUCCGCAGACACACUCCACUGGCUGCUGUCCUUAUACUGUAUCCCAUGACCAUACUCCAGCUGUUUGUGGGGGACAUUUACAGCCUUCUUAACUUCAUGAGCUUUCUGCGGUGGCUGUUUAUUGGUGUGGUGGUUCUGGGUUUAAUCUACCUCCGAUAUACCAAACCAGAUCUCCCCCGACCUUUCAAGGUGCCGCUCUUCAUCCCGGUGGUUUUCUGUUUGGCAUGUUUCUUCAUGGUCUUCCUGUCACUGUACUCAGACCCGUUUAACACAGGGAUUGGAUUCACCAUGUCCCUCACUGGCAUCCCUGCCUACUACAUUUUUAUUUACUUCAGCAGACCAAGGUGGCUUCAAAACGCUUUAGAUUCUUUCAACAGAACGAUGCAGAUCAUCCUGGAGGUAGUACCUGCUGACCAGUAAAAACGGACAGUUUCGUUUCAGCUGAGGAAUGAUGAAAGAUACGACUUAUGUCACAUAUGGCUGAGUUAAGAUCUUUAUAUAAACAUUUGAUUUUUCGUUUAUUAGUUUGUGUUUUAUACUAUGUUUUAGUUAAAGUAAAAGAGUUGUCUGUAAUCAUGUGAUAUUAUAGGACCUUUCAUGCACUGAAACACAAUAAUUGCUAAUGUUUUUUUUACAGUACUUAUUAGAAUGAGUUAUCUCAGAAAUUAGCAAUUUAAACUGGAAGUCUAAAUAACUACAUACUCAUAUUUUUAUUUAUUAGUUUUAUUGACAAUCUAUCAGAAAAUAAACGUCUUAACAUGAAGAUUUUCUCCAAGCAGUUAGUCAUCAUAACUCCUAAUAAAAGUGCAUGAACAUGGAGAAUUUUCUUUGCCAUUUCUAAAAACUUUAUUCACAAGUUUGAAACUCGUGUCUAUGUGUAGUUGUGUGUCUGUGACAUUUUGCUAAUAUUUGAUUAAAAUGUUUCUUGCACAUUC